GCCGCUCACAGCGCCCACAGCCCCCGGAUUUCAAAUCGUUAGUGGCGCUCCACAAUUCGCAAUCCCCCACCAAGCUUUCGCUCAUUUUCCUUCGCGUCACCAUCCACGCCUCUGCUUUCUUCAACUUCACCUUUUUUUUAAUAUCGAUGGUGCUAUUCUCAUCUGUUUAGAUGGCCUGUUAAUAACCCCAUUGGCUUCUUCUAAUAUCGCGCAUACGCCACAAUGUCCAACGAACGCACUCCCCUCAUCCCGACCAUAAGCUUCGGGCCGGUCCGAAGACGGCAAGAACAACAGACGUGCAAGAGAUUCUUCACCAUCGCCACCACAUGCUUAGCCCUUUAUGGUAUCUUCAUCUUCGCCUUUCAUCUCAUCGCCUGGCCUUUCCAUUAUCACAGUCCUGACAAUGAUGGGCGAUACUCCUGGCCGCACAAGUACGGCAGAAACUUGUCUCACCAGCAGCUGAGGAAGAUAUUCAUGGAUACACCAACAGCCAGCAGCGCUAGAGAAUCGAGCCGAUACUACGCCUCUGGAGCUCAUCUCGCCGGAAAGAACUUCUCCCAGGCCGACUGGACCCGCGAGAAGUGGCAGUCCUGGGGCAUCCAAGCCAGCAUUGCUGAAUAUGAAGUCUUACUCAACUACCCCGUUGACCACAGCCUCUCCAUGCUUGAGGAAACACACAAGGACAACUGGAAGCUCUCGUUCAAAGCAUCUCUCAAAGAGGAUGUUCUGAAGGAAGAUCCCACUACAGGCUCCAAAGACAGCAUCCCAACCUUUCACGGCUACUCUGCCUCGGGCAACGUCACUGGGCAGUUUGUCUACGUCAACUAUGGCACUUUCCAGGAUUACCAAGACCUUGUUGAUGCCAGCAUCGAUCUCAAGGGCAAGAUUGCCAUUGCCAAAUAUGGCGGUAUCUUCCGUGGACUAAAAAUCAAGCGUGCCGAGGAACUUGGAAUGGUUGGUGUGUUGAUUUACAGUGAUCCUGGUGAUGAUGGCCUCAUCACAGAAGAGAAUGGCUACGAGGCAUAUCCUGCUGGCCCUGCUAGAAACCCCAGCAGUGUUCAGCGCGGCAGUGUAAGCUACCUUAGCAACGCCGUUGGCGACCCUACAACUCCUGGUUACCCGUCUAAGCCUGGCGUGCCUCGUGUCCCCUUGACAGGGUCAACUCCUGGUAUCCCCUCCAUUCCCAUCUCUUAUGCCGAUGCUCUUCCUAUCCUCAAGGCUCUCAACGGUCAUGGCCCAAAGGUCACCGAUUUUGGAAAAUACUGGCAAAAUAAUCUAGGCCUGAAGUACAAGGGCGUCAACUACAAUAUCGGUCCUUCACCUGCGAACGUGGUUCUCAACCUGUAUAACGAGCAAGAAUAUGUCACAACCCCUCUUUGGGACGUUAUCGGCGUCGUCAAUGGCACAAUCCCCAAUGAGGUCAUCGUCGUCGGUAACCAUCGCGAUGCCUGGAUCGUCGGCGGCGCUGGUGAUCCCAACAGUGGCUCGGCUGUCAUGAACGAGGUCAUCCGCAGCGUUGGCGUGGCCCUGGAUGCUGGCUGGCGACCUUUGCGUACCAUUGUAUUUGGCAGCUGGGACGGCGAGGAGUACGGCCUGAUUGGUAGCACUGAAUGGGUUGAGGAGUACCUCCCAUGGAUCAAGGAUGCCAAUGUCGCCUACGUCAACGUCGAUGUCGGCGCUAGCGGACCUCACUUCAAAGCUUCUGCGGCGCCUCUCCUGCACAAUAUCCUCCGAGAAGCCACUAAGCUUGUGUCAUCUCCUAACCAAACAGUUCCUGGUCAGUCCAUUUCCGACGUUUGGGAUGGCAAGAUCACUACCAUCGGUAGUGGUAGUGACUUCACCGCUUUCCAGGAUUUUGCUGGUGUUCCCUGCCUCGAUUUCGGCUUUAACAACGACGGUGCUGCUGGCCCGGUUUACCACUACCACAGCAACUACGACAGCUUCCACUGGAUGAACGAGUACGGCGACCCUGGCUAUCUUCACCACGAGGCCAUGGCUAAGCUGCUUGGCAACAUCCUUUUAUCCCUCAGCGAGGAAAUCGUCAUUCCCUUCCAAGCCAAGACUUACGGCGACAGUUUGUUGCAGUAUCUUGAUCAAGUCGAGGACAGUUUGGAGCACUCUCUGUCUGCGAACCCUAACGAGCUUCCUGACGAUGCUUCCCCCGAAGCCGUUGUCGCUCUACGCUCUGGACACAAGAAGGAUGGUAAGAACACCAAGAAACAUGAGCUACGUGCGUUCCAAACCGGCUUGAAGAGCCUUCGACACUCUUUGGUGCAAUUUUCCAAGGCUGCAGCGCGCCUAGAUCAAGACGCGGAGUUCCUUCGUCAGAAGCUUGAUGAGGGAUACCGCUGGUGGAACAUUCUUGGCAAGAUCCAUUUUGCCUGGACAUUAGUUCGUGUCAACAGAGAAUACAAGAAUCUGGAGAGACACUUUUUAUUUGAAGAAGGCCUAGACAACCGCACGUGGUUUAAGCACGUCGUCUAUGCCCCCGGCUUAUGGACCGGUUACGCUGGAGCGGUGUACCCAGGACUAGUCGAAAGUAUUGACUCCCAAGAUUACGAAAACGGUUUAAGAUGGACCAAGAUUGUCAAGAAGUGUGUUGAGGACGGGCUCAAGAGCUUGAAAGGAGAACUUGACAACUAACAAGCACUUGUAUAUACUGCAAUAGGAUAUAAUAGUAUGAAUAGUAAUUAUGUCUAACUG